UGACGUGUGUGACUCCACAUGGUACAGCUCUCAGAGGAGGGGAUGGAUAAUAAGAGUGUGGAGUUGAACUAAUGCCAUUGCACUGACUCAUCCAGGGAGAGCAAAGGAGCUCAGAGAACGAGAUACCAGAGAGACUCUCAGACAGACAGACAGAAAGGGGGGCAGGCGACCCGGGGGGAGAAGAGAGAGACUCACGCGGGCAGAGGCUGGCAGGCAGCAAGUGUACAGAUCGAUAAUUAAGGGAGUUUAAAAAAAAUCAAGAGGCUAAAAUCCUGGACUGAGUCACCCAGUUCAGUUAGAGCAGGGAACUGGCACUUUUAUAAAGGACUUAAUUAAAUAGGAGGCAAAGAGCCUCUUGACUGAAAACUACAGAGCCAGAGGAGCGUUGAAACCAGAACAAAUAUUCACAGGAAGUCUGAAGAAGGGCAAUAGACACACGCGUUUUGAGUGUGUGUGGUUAGGUCUUUUUUCCCUCCCCUUUCUCUUCUUCAGAGCAAAUGUAACAGAUUUUAAGACAGCAAGAGACUUUAAAACAAAGAGAGACGUCUCAUUUACACUUUUUUUGCGGCACAUUUUAAAUCCACAUUUUUUUUUCCUGAGUGCACCAAAGACCUCUGGGAUUAGAGAGAGUGGCUCUAUUUUGUGAGGUGGGAAAUAUUAUUUUCCCCCAGUCUUGAGUGGCGGAAAAAGUUGAGGAAAGGGCUUUAUUUUUAACUCUUUAUUUAAACAAACAAACAACCCCCAGAUCUUUACGGAGUGCAGUUGGAAGGCUGAAAAUAAAAAUCAGGCGAGAGAGGCGGAGAAAUAGAGCGUGUGUGUGUGUGAAGGAAAAUACAUUGUGUUCCUCUCCGGCUUCUACCUCGGAUCAUGUACCACGACUAUCCCGGGAACUUUGAUACCUCCUCCAGGGGCAGCAGCGGCUCUCCAGGCCACCCAGAGACUUACUCCAGCGGCACAGCACAACAGAAAUUCCGGAUAGAUAUGCCAGGAUCAGGCAGUGCUUUUAUCCCUACCAUUAAUGCCAUAACAACCAGCCAAGACCUGCAGUGGAUGGUCCAGCCCACAGUGAUCACCUCCAUGUCGAGUCCCUACUCUCGCUCACAUCCCUACAGCCAUCCUCUGCCCAACUUGUCUUCAGUUGGUGGACAUACAGCCCUUCAGAGACCUGGUGUCAUUAAAACUAUUGGGACCACAGUGGGCAGGAGGAGAAGAGAUGAGCAGCUGUCACCUGAGGAAGAGGAGAAGCGAAGGAUCCGAAGAGAGAGGAACAAGCUGGCAGCUGCUAAGUGCCGUAACAGGCGUCGAGAGCUAACAGAGAAACUCCAGGCGGAAACGGAGGAGCUGGAGGAAGAGAAAUCAGUGCUGCAGAAAGAGAUUGCUGAACUCCAGAAAGAGAAGGAUAAGCUGGAGUUCAUGCUGGUGGCUCAUGGCCCUGUGUGCAAAAUCAGCCCCGAGGAGCGUCGCACCCCACCAUCUCACAGCCUCCAGACGGUCCGGACUGGAGUGAGUGGAGCAGUAGUGGUGAAGCAGGAGCCGGUGGAAGAAGAGAUCCCAUCCUCCUCUUUGGGCCUCGACAAAGCUCAGAGGUCUGUCAUUAAGCCCAUCAGCAUUGCAGGGGGGUUUUAUGGGGAGGAGCCACUCAACACUCCCAUUGUGGUGACCUCGACACCUGCCAUCACUCCUGGCACCUCCAACCUGGUCUUCACGUACCCCAGCGUGCUGGAUCAGGAGUCUCCUCUCUCCCCUUCGGAGUCAUGCUCCAAAGCUCACCGGAGAAGUAGCAGCAGUGGUGACCAGUCCUCAGAUUCCUUGAACUCUCCAACCCUGUUGGCCUUGUAACCCCCACCCCGUGUCCCUCAUUUGCCAGUGUGUUACAUUCCCACCCAGGACUGUGGGGGUGGGGGGAACCUCCUCCACAGGAUUAAAGACUGGCACAAGGGCGUUGAAGCACAAGGGCAGCAAGAGCAAGAAAAGGGGAAAUGUGGCUCCAGGAGCCUCCUUGAGCAGGAAGAACAAGAAGAAAUGUAAACUCCAUGGAAGCAGAAAUGGUGAUGGUGGAAAUGACACGCCCAGUACAUCUGGAAAGGGGAAUCUCCCCUCUGGAGAAGCUGCCUAUGUAAACCUCUUUGUGUGUUUUAAUGGACUUGGGAAACACGCUUGGCCAGGACUGGAGGCGAGCUGCAGAAAAUCACUAGUCACCCCUUUCCUUUGUGAACUGAUCUGAUUAGUUACAUUCUGUGCUUAGUUCAUUCUGGUUGGUUGAUAUCUCUCUCUGUCUCUCUCUCUCUCUCUCUCACUGAUACCAUGACAUUUCAUCUAGUCGAUAUCCACUCUAAAGGCUUGUUAUGAUCUUUGUUUGCUGCUGCUGCUGAUGAUGGCGGGAGGAGCUGUGGGAAAUUCUUGCUGUUGUCAAGGUGGGGAGCAUUGGGAGGAGUCACAAAUGCUUGGUCACAGGGGUAGCACUUGUAAGUCAAUAGCCCAUGAGCUCAGUGGCAAGGGUGCCAUGAACUGAGGGGAAGAUUUGUUUGGAGGAGUUGGAGGAUGUGAGAUGGAUAUUUUGUCCCCCCUCCCCAUGCUGCAAAGGCCAGGUUAGCAAAAUGCCUAGUAAUGGGACCCAGAGUGAUGCCCCGGUAGCUGAUAGGAUACCAGAGUCUGUUUCCACUAGCUGGUGUCUUUGGCAGCAUUUCUCCUGUAAUUAGUGUUUCUCAAAUCUGCUGGUGGAUCCUUUGUUUCCUUCACCCUGGCUACCUGCCAUCUUGGGUGCAAUGCAUCCUGCUCCUCCUCUCAGUGUGCCUGACUCAGAUGCUGAUUCCACUCAAUGCAGUUUGCAUCUCUGUUGUCUUUCCUUGUCUGUGUCACUGUGCCUUGAUUCCUGGCCCCUGUUGUAUUUUGAUACUUGUUGGAUUGGGGGAUUUUUAAUUUUGGUGUUCAAGACAAGCAGAGCCUCUGCCCCUAACAGUGGGUCCUCUGUCUUCUCCUACACAGGGUCUCAGCUGACAGUGCAGAAUGCACACAAUGGGCAUGGCCAUUUAAAAUUAAUGUUCACUACUGAAAAUAAUAUGUUUAACCUCAACUCCUCUGGAGCCAAGUCCAACUCCUACUGCAGGUCAAUGGCAGUUAGAAACCUUGCUCAGGUGCAUUGUAGGUUUUUCCAAGAUCGAGUGCAUGGGGGUUGGAUCAGGCUCCUGUUGUAGUAGCUGAGAGCUCCUUUCAGUGCUUUCAAAGAGAAUCUCCAUUCGUUUAAGUCCGUUGAAGCUGCUGUGUCAGCAUAUCUAAUUAUGUGGGGUAUAAUCUUCUUUGGUUUAUCAACCAAAAUCUGGGUAUGUUCUGAAUUAGGCUAGACUAUGGAGAAAUCUUUGGGGCAGUGUUCUAUUUUAGGCCCCAAUCCUGUGAGAUGAUGAGCACCCUCGGAUCCUACGGCCUCUAUUGGGAUUUAACGGUACUCAGCACCUCAGAGGAUUGGGCUUUUACGUAGCAAUCAUGGAUUCUAACAAACCCUCACUGUUGCUUAGUUGCUUGUAUCGGGUUUAAAGGGAUACUGUCUGAAUGUAGGUUUUCUUUCAAACCAAACCAAACCCACACGGACAAAACUUGCCAGGAACAGAAAUGUUUUAGUGAAUUGUUCAUGAAACUGAAAUUCAUUGAUCCUGUUCUUUCUUAAUUGUUGGAACAUUCCCUACUUUAUGCUCGUGCCAGAGACCCAAACGUGAAACUAACCAGUUAGUUUAAUUGUCCUUAGUUGAAGUGCAAAACUUAACUGAUUAAUAGAAAUAAAGGUAAAUGAUUUUAAACAUUUUUCAAUAAGUUGCCCAGCGAAGAUUGUUUUUAAUAUUUUUUUUAGCUAAAAAGUGUCACUUUGAGAUAAACUGUGGCUUCUGUCCUUUUUCCCCCUCAGUUUACCAGAUGCUCAUUUUGGCUGAUCUAAAUCACAAAUCUAGGGUCACUCAGUAAAAUGUCUCCUGUGUUUCAUUUCCACUCAUGCAGGGCAGAAGAUAAUAUUAACAAGCAGUGACUCCUAAAAGCAUGUAAUUUCUCCCUGGGCCAGUUGACCUGAUCCACUGUUCUGCAGGAACCUCCCUAGAAUUAAUUCAUGAUUAGCAUACCCAUUAAGAACUGAGUAGGUACCUGUUUACCCACAUUUCUGAGGAUUACAAAACUGGUAGCGUGCGAACAAAAGGCUCUUCUAAAGUCUCCUUAGUACCAAACUGAAUUUGUGGUGUCUUGAAAAAUAACUUGUCCCUUCUUCUAAUGUAACUUCAGGUGAAGCUCACCAUUCUAUCAGCUAUCUAUUUGAUUUGGGAUCAGACAGUCCUUUUCAUUACUGUGGAAGGGUGGUGAGAAAUCUGUCCAAGAGUGGAAGACAUGGCCAGCUUUUGUGGGUAAUUGGGGUAGCAAAAUAGAAUGUUUCUGAAAGAAAUUUUCAAGUGUCCUUUCCGCUACCUAUAAAACCCUCUUUUGCCAGCCAACAAGAGUUAGUCCCAGAAAUGAGAAAUUAUUUUUUCACAUCUGGUCUAUCUGGAUGGCUCAAGUAUUUCCCCCCCUCCAGAUAUCAGAUCCUCCUCUGCUUAAUUGGGCAAGUUUGAGCCUAAACUUAUUGGGCCUUCCUCUGCAGCAUGGGGCACAGGUCACUUGCAGGUUUAAACAAGUUUAAAUGGUGAAUUCUCUGUAACUUGAAGUCUUUAAACCGUGAUUUGAGACUUCAGUAACUCAGCCAGAGGUUAGGGGUCUAUUACAGGUGAGAUUCUGUGGCCUGAAAUGAGGAGGUCAGACUAGAUGAUCAUGAUGGUCCCUUCUGACCUGUCUCUGUCUCUCCUCCAAGCCAUGGAACCCAACUCCUCAUCUCUGUGACAUGGGCAUAGAUCCAAGGGAGAACCAGGCUCCUCUUUAAGCCUAAUUCAUUGAGAUGUUACCCAAAGGAGCCCAAGGCCUGGUCUACACUGGGGGAGAAGGGGGGAAUCAACCUAAGAUACGCAACUUCAGCUACGAGAAUAGCGUAGCUGAAGUCGACGCAUCUUAGGUCGACUUACCUUGCAUUCUCACAGCGUGGGGUCUACUGCUGCCGCUCCCCCAUCAACUCUGCUUCCACCUCUCGCCGCGGUGGAGUACAAGAGUUGACGGCAGAGCGAUCGGGGAUCGAUUUAUCAUGUCUACACUAGACACGAUAAAUCGAUCCCUGAUAGAUCGAUCACUACCCGUCGAUCCGGCAGGUAGUGUAGACGUACCUCCAACCUCCUCGCUGGUGCUCACCUUCCUCCUGCCCUCACUGUUCCCCUUGUUUUGAUCUUUCAGUGGGCACUUCAGAGCUGAGCCUGAGGCAGCGGCAUCCCUGCUGAGUGGUGACCCCUUAGGCAGUGUGUUUGUGACCAUCAGAAGUAGAGGAACCCUUUUCUAAUAACUGAAAAUACCUUGGACAACUUCUCAGUUGUGACAGACAGUUUUUAUAGCUGUGUAUCUUAUAAAUUCAAACAAACAAACAAAAAGCAAGAGGGGAAAACCCAGAAGCUCUGCAGCCUUUUCUACCUGCUUGCUUUGCCCCCGAAACCCUUCAGGGAAUCCCAGAUUAAGAACCUCUGUUAGGCCACAGGGCUUGUGCAUUCCAUUUGAGUGGAAUGGUAGGUAGCCUUAGCUUUGCUUACUCUCUUGCAAAUCAGACACAGCAUGACCUCUCUGCUGCUGUGAGCUGGCUCUGGAUUCAUCUUUUACCAGUGUCCGUUUCACCUGCCCUCUUUCAGAUAGUGACAUGCUGCACCAUUUUGCAACCAGGAAUCUCCAGCACACCUAUAACGUGGUGAUUCCUAAAUGUGGAAUGUCUUCAGAUGUUCUGUUUGUGGUUGGGGACAUAUUGCAACUCAGCUCUGAUCCAAAGACUAUGUAAAUCCCUGGACAUCUUUCCCUUGACUUCAGCAGGCUUUGGAUCAGUCCUCUAGUGUUUGGCCCCAGCUCUGUAAAGCACCUGAGCACACGUUUAGAGUAAAUCACUCCUGAACUGGAGGAGCAACAGCAGCUAAAUCAAAGGAAACAUUCUUUCAACCUCCAUGUGCUUUUCUCCUGCUGAUUUCACCCCCAUUUACCACCCCUCCCAGUUCUGGCAUGGCCCCUAUCUAUUCCUUCCUCUUUGGUGAGGGGGCUGACUAGUCUGAAAACUGAGGAGUGGUAGGCCAGGGACCAACCUGCUGGGGGUCAAUAGGUUUUUUUGUUUGUUUGUUUUAAUAUUAUUUAAAUGAUCUAUUAAGUUCAUUUGAACCCUUAAUUUUGCUGCUUUCUGUAUGUAUGAUCUACCUGGCCUUCAUCCUAAAAAAGCCUAGUAUCUCAUUAUUUAUUGGCAGGCACACAUUUUGUGUCUGCUCCAACAGAUCUGCCCACCAUUAAUUUAACAUCUUCCCAACUCAUGUUCCUGUUUUGGUUUGGUUUUUUCCAACUCUAAAGCAGAAUUCUGAAAUGUCUUAAAAUAAUAAUUUCCUCGACCAUUACAAGAUCAUUCUCAUCAGAAAGGCCAGAUCAAACAUUUUAAGAAAGGAGGGAACAAUUUACAUUUUAUUUCUUAUUUAUUUAUCAUGUUUACAUCUCUUUUUCUGUUCCAGACCUGGAUAUAAUAAUGAGAGCAUUAAAAAUACUUCAAUUGUCUGGUUUUGCUGGUUAAUAAUGCUUUUUUUUUUACUUAAAAAGGAAAAAAAAAGAUUCCUGAAUUUAUUUUUUUCUUGUCUGUAUAAAAUGUAUAAAGAGAUAUUUGUUUCUAAAGAUGCAUUAUCACUCCUUUGUGAACAAUAGCUGGGGCUGGGGACAAAUCUGAGUACAAAAUAAUAAUAAAAUCCUGUCCUGUUCUACUUAAAUUGUUCUCCUCCCACACUGUAUGAUUAAAGGGUUACUCCACUUUCUUGUUUGUGGUUACUUGAUAUUAAAAAUGUGUAGAAAAUAGGUAUCUGAUUGUUUUAGCUCAAUGAGAGGAUAAAAUGUGUAUAUAUUUAGAUAUACUGUGUAGUUCAAAGUAACAUCAGUAAGGGAUAGUGCAUCUUUAGUAGAGCGAUAAGUUACUAGUGUCAACUGAAGUCUACUUUAAGAUCCUUGAAGAAAACAGCCUGAUUCUGAUUCCAUUUGCAUGUGUAUAAAUCAGGAGUAACUCCUCUGAAAAGGGAAUAAGUGGAGUUAUGCUCAUGUAAAACUGGUGUGAGAGAAAUUGGAAUCAGGCCCCAAAGAUUCAUAUAAAUCUAUGGAGAUCUGUGUAUGUUUGGGGCACCAUUAUCUCCCCCCCCCCCCGCCCUCCUCAAAAAUUUAGAUAAUGAUUUUCUUUUCUUUUUGUCUGGGGUGAAAUAAUUCCUAUCAAGAAGGUUCUUAAAGGUGACUGCUAAAUGGGGACCCUUUGCUCAUUUUGAUCUUUGUAUAGUUCUUGCGAUCAUGGAAAAUCUUGGCUCUGAAGCAAUCUCUCUGGUGUUGUCUCUUUUCUGUUCUUGUUAUUUUACUGUAAUACAGGCCUACAGUAUUUGCACUAAAACAAAAA